GAGUUUGCAAAACGUAUUUGUUGUUGUGUUGCUCGCUAACGAAUCCAAUAACUAUACUAUGCGAUCUGAGUUUGCGGCAUAAAAAUACAAAAAUUGCCAAUCAAAAGUGGAGGGCGAAAAACGCGAAAGGCAACGCUUGAAACGCCAGUGAAGUCGUGGCCAGUGAGGAGAUAACACCCAUUGUUGUUAUUAUUUAUUUAUUUUUUGCAUAUUUUUUUUAAACCGCUGUGCGGGAGUGCGUGGUGUGAUAGCAAAAAGUGAGCGAAAGAAGUGAAUAUAAGAAGACGAAAAAGGAGUGUGUUGGGGGCAAUGACAACGUCGACAAUUAAGCCAACGGGCGGCGAGGAAGUGCCGCCGGCGGGGGUGGUGGGCGGUGUGGGCGAUGUCGCUGAUGUGGGAGUGGCCGCCAGCCUGACCAAACGGGACUCCGAGGAGGAUACGUGGGCAUCCAAGGGGUACAACUACAUCAAUCCGUUUGUCCAUCGCAUCGAAAUCGACAGUCACAUUGAGGUGGCCAAGAUCUAUGUGCUGACAGUGCUGCUCCUGCCCAUCCGCGUGGUGGGCUGCGUCCUGUCCCUGAUCUCCGCGUGGAUGUUCGCCUGCAUUGGCCUCUAUGGAAUGACCCUGGAUGAUCUCAAGGCGAAACCCCUCACCGGCUGGCGGAAACAAAUGCAAUGCAUGACGGCCCGUGGGAUGCGCAUGGUGUACACCUUUGGAUCGUUUCACUAUGUGACCAUGAAGGGUCGAGCGGCGACAGCGAAAGAGGCACCCAUUCUGGUGGUGGCACCGCACUCCUCCUACGUGGACUCCAUCCUGGUCGUGGCCAGUGGCCCGCCCUCGAUAGUGGCCAAGCGGGAGACGGCGGACAUUCCGCUGCUCGGAAAGAUCAUCAACUAUGCGCAGCCCAUCUAUGUGCAGCGCGAGGAUCCCAAUUCGCGCCAGAACACCAUCCGUGACAUUGUCGACCGCGCACGCUCCACAGACGACUGGCCACAGGUGGUCAUCUUUGCCGAGGGCACCUGCACCAAUCGCACGGCACUGAUUAAGUUCAAACCGGGCGCAUUCUAUCCGGGCGUGCCCGUCCAGCCGGUGCUUCUCAAGUAUCCGAAUAAAUAUGACACCUUCACCUGGACCUGGGACGGACCUGGAGUAUUACGCCUUCUCUGGCUGACGAUGACGCAGUUCUAUAACCGCUGCGAGAUCGAAUAUCUGCCCGUGUAUACGCCAUCGGAGGACGAGGUGGCCGAUGCCAAUCUGUAUGCCAACAAUGUGCGCGAGGUGAUGGCCAAGGCCUUGGGUGUGCCCACCUCGGAUUAUUCGUUUGAGGAUGUGAUUGUGAUGAGCCGAGCCCGCGACAUGAAGAUUCCCUUCCCCGGCGACAUCGUGGAGAUCGAGCGCACCAUCGAGAAACUGGGCCUGAUCGCGAGCCAACGCGAUGCGGAACUGUGCAAGAACUUCCUCCGUCUGUCCAACACGGAUAGGUUGGACAUCAUCACGUUUGGCGAGCUGCUCCAGGUGGAUCUCAAGAACACCAAUCUGCACAAGCUGUUUGCCCUGCUGGAUCACCGUCGUGCGGGCACAGUGAGUUUGAAGAGCUUCCUGCUUUGUUCCCUCUUCUGCAAAUUGAAGAAUUCCGAUCUUUUGACCUUCCUGCGUGCCCUUAUCCACAUCUACAGCGAAUCCAGUCAGCAAAUCGACAGGGAAAGUUUUGUGCGAUUGAUGAGACACGCUGGCGGCAAACUGAAUGAACAAAAGGCCCAGGCGCUCUUCUAUGCUCUGGAUACCGACAACCUGGGCUACAUCUCCUUCGAUUCCUUUGCGGAGCUUACGGAGAAGCAGAAAUCGAGCUAUAAGUUUCUCUAUCACAAAUCGGAGCACAUACGGCGACCGAAGGCAGUUACAACGCCCGAGAAUUGAAGAUCUGGAGCACGUUUUUGCUGUUUCACAGGAAAUUGAUUCAAGCUGGAGGAAGACGCGGAGUUGUAACCAAGAGAAAUACCCAACCUAAGCAGAAUGUUCAACCGUCGAGUGUAUAUUUUUAAUAUUUAUUUAUCGUGUAACGCGUGUCCCCGGCACCCAUAUAUUGUAAUUAAUAUAAUUUUUAUUAUUAUUACCAUAGUUUCUUGUGUACAAAUGCUCACAGCACAGAGAUCCGGAUCUGAUUGCGCCCAGCUUUGUUAUUAUUUAUACUCGGACUCUUAACGCAAGUCAUUUCAUCUUUGUGAUUCUUAUUAUACACACCUACGUUAUAUAUACACAACUAAAAACUUAGAGGAUAUAUAAACAAGUAUGUAUCUUAUGUAGAGGCAGGCAAAGCAACCAUCAAGCCCUUGAAUAUUUCCUAUAUCCACGGCCAAAAAGAGAAACCACAAAGAAUUGUAUGGCUAUCCAUAGGUAUAAGACAUAACAGCAGACCCAGCCAACGAAGCUCUCCUUCGAUCCCACUCACUAAACACCACCAAGACCAAACAGAACAACGGAACUGCGAUCGAAAUCGAUCAUAAACACCACUAACCAAGUAAAACUGAACCACCCACCACCACGCGAAGGAAAACUAUUGUAAAACCAGCCUCAUUUAGAAAAGAUAAAGAACAAUGUCACAACAACCCAUGUAAAUGCUUUCUAAAAUGGACUAAACUCAACUAAAUUGAAUGCACGAUCUUUUAUACGAGACUUGCUUAAAAUACUUUAACAAAUCGAUUGUAUAUUUCCUAGACUAUAUAAUUGGAUAAUUGCACGGUUGUAAUACUUUGAAUAACUUCUUGGUUUGUGUUAAACUCUUUUGCAUAAUUUCAUAAUGCUGAAUUUGAAUUUAAGGAUCUCCGAUCUGUUUUAUGUGAAACCCUCAGAUCUAUAGUUCCUCAGAGCGAAUGCUAUGCCAUUUGGUUAUUAAACAUUUCUUGUGCAUUUUGUAACCCACACGGCCAACUUAACUACACUUCAGACCAGCACCUGGCACUUUGGAGAGCAGAGAUCUAUGCAGAGCACAGCCUGUACUUAAGUCAAGCAUCUUGGGCACACCCCAACCUCAUACACAGUCUGUUCUAUACAUGUUAUAAACUUAAAAAUGAAAACACACACACACACACAACCACUAAGAAGCACCUGUAAUUGCGUAAUUGUAAAGAAUAUCUGCAAUAGGAAAACGGCUCUUUCGAAACGAUUGUGCUUUCGAGAGGGCGAACAGGAGAACUCCUCUGUAGUUUUUACAUUUUGAAAGAAACUAAAACUAACCCUAAGCUAAACGAUCUAAUUUAUGUGCUAUUGUAAUAGAUAUUAUUAGCGUCCUAAGCCAGCACCCUGAGCAAAUCCAAAUCGGCCGAGAAAUCUGCUCAAAAAAAAAAAAGAAAAAACAAAAUAUAUAGAUAUAUAUAUAUGUGUGUACGAUUUUAAA